GGCGCUCAGAGGCCGCCCCGCGGCGGAGCAGCGCGGGCAGCGGCUGGAGGAGGCGGUGGCGGCGGCAUGUCCUGAGGGGAGCGGCGGCGCGCAGCCCCCGCCACCACGGAGGGGUCGGUGGAGCAGCGGGCCAAGGGCCGGGCCCCCAUGAAGGAGAAGGAGGCCGGGGCGGAGCGGGGCAAGCCCGCCACUUACACCGGGGACAAGAAGGCUCGCAUGGCGGCCAAGACCAACAAGAAGUGGGUGCGCCUGGCCACCGUGCUGGCCUACGUGCUCUCCGUCUCGCUGGCCGCCAUCGUCCUCGCCGUCUACUACAGCCUCAUCUGGCAGCCGGUGCGCGGAGGCGGCGGCGGCGGCUCCUCGGCUUCUCCUCCGUCGCUUCCCGGCCCCGCCGCCAACUCCUCCUCGCAGCCUCGCAGCGCUCCGCCGCAGCGCUCCGCCGCCCCGCCGCCCCCCGGCCCCACACCGCCGCCCAGGGGGAGCCCGGCCGGGACGGGCGGCACGGAGCUCCCGGCGCCGCGCGGGGCCGGGGAGGGCCGCAGUGCGCCGUGAGGGUGGAGGCCCGGGGGGGCAGCGCCGGACACUGAGCGGAGGGACGGCGCCGUGUGACUCUCGUCGCUGUGGGCUUCCGUGGCUUCGUUCUUCUCCGGCUUCGCCCCCGAACCGCGCCGGACUGCGCCCAUCCGAGGAGCUCGGUGUGCGGGACCGCCUGGGAGCGAUGCCGAUCCGUAGGCUGUAACCCGUUGUUUAAGUAACGAGUUUUGUUUAGCCAUGAGCGUAAACUUAUUUAAACCAUGUGAGAGGUAAAUUGACUUGUUUACUACAUUAAAAUAUUUUCCCAGUA